AUGGAACAAUUAGAAUAGAGUUUAAUAAUAGAUGAUGAAGGAGCAAAAGAGAUGUAAGAAAUUUCUUAAUGUUUAUACUAAAUCCCAAUUUUAUUGGAUUAGAAUGUAAUAACAUAUAAAUUAUUUCAAAGUUAACGAUGAUAUCUAAUUUGAAAUUCACUUUUUCAAUUUAUGAACAUGAAUAACAAACUAGUAUGAAUUAGUAAGGGUAUAUUAUUUAAAUUAAAAUUAGGAAAACUUAAGAUUAAUUAAAGAAAAACAAUGUUUUUUAUAAUAUGUAAAAGGAUGGCUUCAUUCAAGAAAUGAAUUAUUUAAAGAAUAUUAGCUUUUCUGAUUUGGAUUAUGAAAAGUUUAAAUGUAAUAGAUUGAUCUUAAUUUAAGCUUAGCAUUCGAAUCAAUAUAAUUAGAUAAGAAUUGUGAAUUGAAUCUAUUUAGUCAUAAUUAAAGGAAAGGAAUUUAAAAUGUAUUUAUAUAUUUGUAAAUUAAAGAUUUAACCAAAUGGAUUAUUGUCAAACUAAAUUUUUAAUAGCAAAUUUUAACCAAGUUUGUUGACUGGUCCCCAUAGUUCAAGAAAUCUUGAGUCUAAAACUCAAUCUAAUUAUUUAACAUCAAGUGAUCCACAAUUAGAAGAAAAUAAUAAUAAAUGGCUUCACAAAUAUCCUUCAUAUAUAAUUUAGAAAACUGAAAAUAAUGAAAAAAAUGAAUAUCCAACACUUUUUAAGAAUUAUUCUUAAAUUGGUAAAAACACAAAUGAUGUUAGUUUUGAAGAUUAAUAAUAAAUUAAAUAAGAGUUUUAAUCAUUAAUUAAUGCAAGUAAAAUCUAAAAAGAAUAAACAAAUACAUCUAUUAAUUCGAUUAAUAAAAGAAAAUAAGAAUAAUAAUCUUAAAAAUAAAAUGAAGAAUUAAAUAAUUAAAAUAAAACAAGAAGACCUAGUUCACCAAAAUUUAAAUUUGUUGUAAAAUAAAAGAAAUAGAACAAAAAUUCUGGUUAACAUAUAAAAUUAACAUUUGAAAAAGGUUAAAAGGUUUUUGAAAUUUCGAACUAGAGAAUAUUAAAUAAAGAAACUUCAAAGAGUGUAGAAUAACUAAAUAUAAAUGAUCAUUUUUUGAAAUUGAAAAAUGAAUAAGAAAGAGAAUUAUAUUCAAAACCUUUUGAGAAUACUAAAUAUUCAGAAAUAUCUAAAAUGUUUAAUCGUCAAAAUCAUGAAAGUCCUACUGCAAUUUUAUAUAAAAAGAAGACCAAUAAAUCAAAAUAAAACAUUUCAUAAAAUACAAUGAAUUCUAUUCAUAAUAUUAGCAAUCAAUCUGAUGAUAAGCAUUCUUGUUAAGAAUAUGAUGAUAGCUUUGAUGAUAAUACUUAAGAAUAAUAUAUUCAUAAAGUUGAUUUACAAUAAUUAUUAAAAGAGAGGUAAGUUAAUCCUAUUACUUAAAGUCAGGAAUAAAGUCGUUCUGAAAGAAAUGUAUUUUCUUUUAAGCCAUUGAUAGACUAAUAAAUCUAAAAUGAAUUAAAUUAAUAAGAUAAUUUACUUAAUUAAAAAUAAAAUAACUAAUUUUAAAUUACUUUUUCACCUUAACAACAAAAUUAAAGAAUUUCACCAAUCAGAUAUAAUAAUGAAGAUUUAAAAUUUAAGAAUGAAUAUUAAAAUUAUAAUAUAUCAAAGCAUUAAAAUUAAUAUAAUUAGAAUUAAGAAUAUAAUAAAUAGAACGAGUUUUAAGGAACAAAAAAAUAACCUAUUUAAAUAAAACUUAAUAUCUAAUAAUUUAUGAAUAAUAGUAACUCUGAAAAAUAAGAAAUCUCACCGCAUUCAUCUAAGAUUGGUAAGUAAUUAAUUAAUAUCUAGUCAAUCAUUCUAAUAAAAAUAGCUAAAAUUUUAGAACACUCAAAAAAUGA